AUGCUUGGCCACCCCAAGUUAUUGAUAACUGAGGAGUUGUCUCCAAAUAGAAUUGCUCUCCUCUUUUUAAUUCGACUAUAUCUAUCAGAUACGUUAUCAUGUCGGAGCAGAAUUUUGAGCAUUCUAACGCAUCAACUUGAAGGGCAACCUAUAAUCGAAAACAAUCGUAUCAAUGUUACGCCUACACUCAAAGACCUUUGCCAGUUAUUUGCGAACGAUGAUUCGAAAGGCAGGUCUAGCUCCCGAAACAUCUCAGCCCUGGAUGUCGAGGCUGCUCAGUUUCGAAUACUUGAUUUGUUCUGGAACUUGAAUAGCGUGGAAGAUUUGCAUCAACUCAUUAUCGAUUCGUACUCCUUUCUUCUGGACCCGUUAAAGAUAUCAAGCACAGUUUUCAAUCUUGUUUCGCCAAGAUCAAUUAUCGGCCGAUUCGUGCAAAAGAUUAGUGUGGCCGCCAAACUUCUUGAGUUUGACGAAAGCUUACUCUUAUUCCAGUCUGUAUGCCACUACAGAAAAGACUCAGCAGACUUAUAUGAAUCUCUUCUAAUCAAGGGUUACAAAUCUACUGGCGGUACAUCUGCGGACAGAGAAUCCCCUUCUUCCCCGUUGUUUUCAACCUGGAAUCAUUGCUUGAAAGAGAAAGUGUCUACAAUCCCCAAAAAGGAUGACCAGAGUGACAAGAAGUUUUUUGAAACCAUGAAUUUACAACUCAGUAACUGCAUUGGCCUAGAGCCUAUCGCAUCAAAUGAAGAUUCUCUGGCUUAUACGAUUGCGAAGCAAGAUCUAGAAUUUUUGGUUGAUACCCAAGUACGCCUACUAGAAAAGUUUGGUACUGAAACACCACCGGAACUAAAAUCAAUCAUGAUGUACAUGGCUGCACCUGGAUCGGAGUAUAGCAAUGUUCAGAAAACUCAUUUUAGCCAUUUACCCUCUUACUAUUUCCUCCAAUAUCUCGAACGCUUGCACGCAGGUGACUACCACGGAGCUUUUGACUCCUUACACCAAUAUUUUGACUACAUGGUAUCCAAGGGAUCCAAACAUUUCUAUCACUUUGCUUUAAUUUCGAGAGCAUCACUCCAUCAAUAUUUUGGAGAAGAUCAAAAGGCUUUAGAUUCUAUUGAAGAAGCAAUAUCUGUGGCGAGAGAAAACAAAGAUAAUAACACUCUUACAUAUGUCCUUUCAUGGCUUUUCAAUUUUAUGAAGCAGAAGCCACAUUUAUGGAACAAACAAAGCCUUUAUAAGAAUAGCAACGAACUGAAGUUGCUUGAUUUCUUGAUUAAUAAGUCUCAAUCAGUGUCUCUUCUGUUGAUGGCUAUGAGCUUUAGAUUUGAAGCUGAAUUUUUGAUUUCAAGCGGUGGCUCAUUUUCAAGUUAUUAUGAAAGUCUUUUCAAAUCACUUUACAUUUCAAUCCAUGACCAGCAGAUAACAUUCAUAAAUUCUUGUGAAAUGGCAUCUUCUGUAUGGAAUGAGGCUGGAUUUCCUCACUUGAGCGAUUUGUAUAAUGAAAUUGGCAUUUCAUACGGAGGAACUAAUGGGCCGACAAUAGAUUUAUUUUCUUUACACCUCCAAAAGCAACUGUAUACCCUCGCAAAAGGUGCCGCAGAGAUUGCUAUUAAGGAAUUGAACGAGUUAAAGCCGUUGUAUUCUAGAAACGCUUUGCAACAGCGGUUGUUGCAUUCGAGGCUUCUCAUCUCACAGAUCCAAAUGCACUUGAACAAGGGUCGAAAAAGCCAAGCGUUAGAGAUUUUGAAAAUGCUCCCAGAAGAUGAUUUUCUAGAUGAAGAAUCUCAGUUUGAGAAAUUGCGACUCACGGCGCUCACAGAAGCAGCAUAUGGCAACUAUUCUCGAGGAAUAGUCUUAUUGAAUAAAAAGAUGAAAUCCCUUUUAUCUGAUAACUAUGGAAGUCUGCCAAAUAUUCUUCGAUUGAUUCGUAUCAAUGUACUAAAAGCAGAAAUUCUUGUUCAGUCAGCCUCCAACUCUCCGGGAUUAUCUCUUUUUAUUCAUCAAUUCCAAUUAGCUCGGAAUCGUGGAUUCGAGUUAGCGCUUGCAGAAGGGUUCGUCACGUUUGUGUCAUUUUUGAACUCCUCUGAAUUUUUCCAAGAUGCGUACAACAUAGCGGCGGAAGUACUUCCUGUUGUGAUCAGAUCAGGGAGGCAAACCUUAGUUUCAAUGCUAUAUUAUGAGCUAGCAAGAUGUUGUUGUGGCUUUAUCAAGUCAUCAGAUGGAUGCACUUCCCAUCAAUCAUCGAAAGAACUGUUUAUGAAAUUCCUAACGUUCUUAAGUAAGAGUAUCUCCGGGUUCAAGAACUCUUCGUCAUUACAAAUGCUAAGGAAAUGUUUUGAAUUGGAAAAUGAGGUCACAAAACUUACUGAUCAUUUGAAAGAUGAGCUAAAGAGAUCGAAACCUUUCGAAGACUUCGUUAAGCAUUCCCAGAGUGGCAUUGAAAUUUUGGAUAAAAAAGUGAAAGAAGAGUGCAGUAAUAUGUAUAUAGAUGUAUAA